AUGGCAUCUCGUCCGGCCGCCGUGCGCGUCAGCAGCGACAAGACGGCCCGGCCGCCGCAGCAGCAGGAGCAGUACGAGCAGUAUGCGCCACCGCCGGGUCCGCCUCCAACCUUGGGGACUGCAGGCUCACCAGCCAAGACGGCCAACAACAGCGACGACUACGCGCCACCGCCGGGUCCACCGCCAGGCCAGCACGACUGGCAGUCGGCGGUGCCGGACACGGCGCUCUUCCCGCCACCGCCGGCCGUGUUCGAGACGUGGGAGCGGUCGCCGGCGAACAAUGCGAGCGCGGCCGAGAGUGAGGCCGGUGCGGCCUGGUGUCGGGAGCACGAGCUGCAGUUGCCGUCGGCCGCGUCGGCAGACCUGACAGCGGACCCGUGGGCACGUCAAGUGGUGGCCGCCCACGACACGGGGCUGAUCCGACCGCCCGGCUUCUGCGGCUCGCUGCAGCGAUUGCGGCCAGGCGUCUGGGCCGUGCAGACAACCCGCGCAGCUGCUGACACCUGUCUGCUGGGCUACCCGGCACUGUACGCGCCGAGCCUGCACAGCCCGCUACUGAGCUCGACGGGACAGACGGCCUACUACGAGGUCUUUGUCCGGCCCGACAGCCGCGACGACGAGAUCGGCCUCGCGCUCGGCAUGGCCGCCCUGCCCUAUCCGGCUUUCCGACUGCCUGGCUGGCACCGCGGCAGCCUGGCCGUGCACGGCGACGAUGGCCAUCGCUACGUCGUCGACGAUCUCGGCGGCCGCUCCUUUACACGGCCCUUCCGCCGCGGCGACACCUACGGUCUCGGCAUGCGCUUCGUGCCCGCUACCACCACCACCGGCCGCUCCAUCGACGUCGAGGUCUUCUUCACCCGCAACGGCACCAUCGACGGCCGCUGGGACCUGCACGAGGAGGUCGACGCCAACUGCGCCGCUGACCUCACCGGCCUCGAGGGCUUCCACAACAUCAGCGCUGCCAUCGGCACGUUUGACGCCGUCAGCUUCGAGGUCCGCUUCGACCCGGCCCUGUGGGCAUACAAGGGCUGA